AUGCAGAUAGACUGCCUCACUAACGGACUGUCUAAAACUGACUCUGAUUACCCGUUCGUACGACUCACUUUGACUAACUUUAAUGUAUAUGCCAACAACUUACCUUUGGAGCCUCAAGUUUAUCGUGUGGAGAUGCGUCUGGCCAAUGUUUGGCUCGAGGAUCUGCUCUUUGGCUUUACUACCUCUUCUACUUCUUCCGAUGUUCCUUCCAGAUCGCAUCGCCUUCUUAUGUACUCCACCUCUUCUCUUGAUCCCGUUACUGCAGAGCGUCUCAGCAAAAGUACUUGGUUUGGUACGCGUCAUGGUGAUGGAGUUAACUCGUGGCGGCGACAAUCUGGUUUAGCUACACAAGCUAUCCGAGAGCCUACCAAUAUUGAGCAGACUAAUGACUCCCGGCAGCCUGAUAGGCAUUCAGGUUAUAUACGUCAAAUUGACAGAUCAAAUUUGACGAGGCCUAUAAAUUCCGUUAAAACCGGUGGGCCAUAUCCUGGUGUUCAUGGAAUUUUUAGACUUCGAAUACCGACAGAUGUUCAAUCUAAUGUUCUACGGGUUGUAGCUUCGAUGCCUGACUUGACAUUUCCAUCUAUCGAUAAAAAUUUCCCGAUUCCAUCAGAGCUUUUAACGGAAGGUUUGCUCCUUAUUAUCUUGCUUACAUUUCCUUGA